AUGGAGUUCAGCAGGCCAAAAUAUCCCGAACAACAAUUUCCCAAAAUGGAGAAAUCCAAUAAUGUCCAAUUCCAGCCGCCUCAUGCUGAUGAUUUUGCCAACCAAACCGUUCAAAAUGAGCUCAACAUCAUCAACGGUUUCCAGGUUUCGGCUGCACGGAAUUCGGCAUCAUUUCCGACUUAUCUGCAGAAUAUCCAUGGUGUUCCAUUCGACAGCCAAAAUAGUAUUCCUAUGACGAUUGCCAAUAAUUCGACAACUCCAGUUACAAUUAUUCCUGCUAGAACGAUGAGCCGGCAAGUAAUAUCUUACCCAGAAGAUGUAUGGGAAAUGCAUAGACCUCGAAUUCGCCACCUUUAUAUUGAAAAAGAUAAGAAACUCUCGGAAGUCAUGAACCAGUUGGAUGCAGAGGCGGAAUUCAAGCCUUCUAUCCACAUGUACAAGAAUCAUUUGGCCGCUUGGGGAUUCUAUAAAAGAAAUCGUGAAAAAGAUAUCAGUGUGCUUCUUGGCCUCAAGAAUGCUCGUGACUCCGCUGGGAAAUCAUCUGUCAUUUUUCGGUCUGGAAAGCCCAUAUCUAUGGAAAAUAUAUACAGAUACUUGAGGCGGAAGAAACUAGAUCCUCAAACUUUCGAACAAGCAAGAGAAUAUGAGGAAUUAGCUGCUAUAGCCAACCAUAUUUGCAUUCGAACCCCGUCCCCAGUUCCCCAGGUAUCACAUCUAUUAUUCCCCCCUGGCAAUCUUCGAAAUAAAGAGAUGGUUCUUCUCAAUAUCAAUCAAGAAUAUCAAGCUUUGGCCAGAGAAAUUGCUAAACCCAUCGAACCGAGGUGGCCAACUACCAUGUCCCAUCUCCCUGGAGACCACUUUCUCAAUAUUAUCGAUUGCAUAUCUCUUUUGCUUCAACAGGGUCUCGGGCUGUUUGAAAUCCAAAUGUUCGUAGAGGGUGGAACAUAUGUUCGAGCGGCUUUCGUUUUCGUCGAGUUUCUCUUCAAAGAAAUGAGUAAAGGCGAAAGGCCCGGCGGAAAAUCCCUAGCGUGGAUAUUUGGACUCUGGAUACUGCUAAGGAAGACUGCGAUGCCUGAUAUCUCCGGAACUCUUUUUAAGCAUAUGACGAAGAUGGCAAAGACGUAUCUUCCAAAAGCUCACCCUGCGCUGGAAAUACUUUGUAACCUAUAUCAUGUUUAUGAAGGAGAUGACUAUGAUGGUUUUAUGCGCUUCAUCUCUUCGACCUGGGCCGACAGCAUUCAUGCAAUCACUAGUGUCUUUAAUUCUACAGGUAGGAACGCGGCCCCUUAUCUACCCCAUAGCCUCUGGAUGGGUGAAAGCAGUGGGCAUCUUCGUCAGUUUCAAGAAACCGUCUUGGAGUUUUGGCGUCCAGACACCAUAAAAUCAUGGCGACAGCGUAUGAAGAAAUGUUCAUUGGUGGUAUGCGAUAAUAGACAAUUGUAUUUGCCAGCACCUGCUCACGAAGGAGUUCUAACUCUGAUAUGGUUGAGGCGUUUCCUCAUAGACGAUUUCAUGGAUCCUCGAGGUUCAAACUUACCCAUGUUGCACAGUGUGCACGAUACUAGAAUGGGGAAUUAUGUCAUUAAGACAGCAAUUGCCACUCGCUUGGAACUAAGUGUUGGCAAAGAAAACUCUCUUGGUACGUCUACAAGUAUUAGAGUCUUGUCUGGCGAUGUCUAUCAAGUUGGACAUCUUCACCAAAUUCGACCAGGAGAGGACAUCAGUGCAUUCAAGGAUGAUUAUGACCUCGGCAUUAGUUCGUUUGAAAACUUGAAGACUGCAUUUCAGUCUACUAGUGGCUUAGAAAAUGAGAAUUCUACGUGGUUCAACUGGCUUCGGAUUCUAGAAGAAUCUCUCAUGGAGCCAGGUGAGAGUCAGGGAAUCGAUUCAGUUGUCUCUUGUACAUGCUUACGUGGGAAAGGAUUAUCCUUUGACUAUAUGAGAAGUGAAAAUGGAGAACUCGGCAUCGAUAAAUAUAAAAUGGAUAGUGGAGGCCCCGAUAAACCUUUUCCAAGCGAUGGGUAUAUGAGCUUCUCAGGUUGGGGAAUAAUUCAAAACUAG